GUCCUCAGACAACUGGUGCAUUAGUGAUACGUUGUCAGGUGUGCUUGACUCCCCGCUCAGCUCAUCACAUCUCCUUACCAUGCGCAUCCGUGAUAGAGUUAUAUACUCGAGUUAUAAACCUUUCAGUUGGCCUCUUAUCCCCCAUCCGAAUUCCGUUGCUACCGCCUCUACAUCACGAUGGAAGGCCUAGACAGCAUCUGGAAGAGAUAUCCAGCUUUCAGGAUAGCAGGUGCGCUUAACAUUCACUUUAUGCAAGAAGACGCUUUCAAGUUUGGAAGACCGACCGACCUUCAUUGUCGCAGGGUGAAAAAUACUGUGGAUAUCAACACGGUGAAGAAGUGGAUCAAACUGUGCCAUGCGAGCCAUGGAGAUACAUGUAAAGUCUCAAGAAUAGGCGAACACGACAAGAGGAUACUGCCGGGGUUUGUGAGAGUGGUGGACAUAGUAUUGAUGGCUGUGGUUCCUGCGCCUUCUGGUUGUCGUUACAUGGCCCCCAGUUACAUAUGGGGAGGCAUCGGCGCAGGGUAUUGGACGACGAAGGAUAAUAUAGCAGAGUGCGGCACGCCUGGCAGGUUGAGCACGAAAAGCUCCCUGAUACCAUCACUGAUUCGAUUAUAUUCGUUCGACAACUUGGUGAACGUUACAUAUGGAUCGAUGCUUUAUGCGACGACUAUACACAAUAUGGAUCUGGUCCACGGCCUCUCUUAUCUCACAAUAAUCGGCUGCCCAUCUCUCCCGUGCUCCACCUUCACCUUCACUUCUGCAUCCAGAACCACGAUUGCCCUCUUUGACGACCAAAUUCGGAACCACCCUUCGGGUCAGCGGUUGCUGUAUCCUGAGCACAACGUUAGUGUUCAUUGCAAGAUUCUCACCUUCACGUACCUUCAUCUAUGUGUUUAAACAGACGCUAGUUCAGGAGAAGGCGAGAGUCAUCACGCCGCGGAGCCAUUGUGCUAUCAGCUGUCCGAGCUCAGACAUGCUACUUCUACUUGCCAUUCCCCCUGCUUUCCAUUCGUUCGGUUCAGGUGACUGAUAAUGCUAUGGUUCUGAAGGAACGUUUUUCAACAAUGCCAUGA